AUGGGUCAUGGUACAGCUCCAGUGGGUGGUGGUGACCCCCACGACUUGUCGGCCAAGCGUCGGCAGUACGCUGGCGAGUCAGGCUUCAAAGGCCUGAUCAGCAACGGUCGAACCUUUGCAAUUGCUCUGUUUGCCUCGCUAGGGGGUCUCGUGUAUGGAUACAACCAAGGAAUGUUCUCGUCGAUCUUGACGAUGCACGCUUUCCAGAAUAGAAUUCAAGGAUAUGCUGAAAAAACCGGUGCCCAACAAGCUAUUGUUACCGCCAUUCUCGAACUUGGAGCGUGGAUUGGUAGUUUGAUGAACGGUUAUCUCGCCGAUGCCAUCGGUCGUCGCAUGACCACCAUCGUCGCUGUCGGCGUGUUCACUGUGGGUGUUAUUGUGCAGGCGACCACCGCAUCUGUCAGCUACAUGUUUGCCGGUCGAUUCGUCACAGGCCUGGGCGUCGGUAGUUUGAGUAUGAUUGUGCCUCUGUACAACGCUGAAUUGGUGAGUCUCUGGUCUCUCUGGUUGAUUGCGAACUGGCACGCCUGCGAAAUAAAGCUGACUGUUGGGGCCUUUGCUGUGCAGGCACCACCCGAGAUUCGUGGCUCUCUCGUUGCGGUCCAGCAAUUAGCAAUCACUUUCGGCAUCAUGGUCAGUUUCUGGAUCGGUUACGGAUGCAACUUCAUUGGUGGAACUGGCGUCACUCAGUCCAAUGCCGCCUGGUUAAUUCCCGUCUGCAUUCAGCUGAUUCCUGCCUUGAUCUUGGGAGCCGGCAUGGCUUUCUUCAUGCCACAAUCACCUCGCCACCUCAUCAACCAGGGUCGUGAGGAGGAAUGCUUGAAGGUCCUAUCAUGGCUGCGCAACAAGUCAACUGAUGACAUGGGUGUGCGCAUUGAGUUUCUCGAAAUCAAGGCCAUGUAUCUCUUUGAGAAGGAGACCGCUGCCGCUAAAUAUCCUCAGUACCAAGAUGGAUCUCGCCACAGUAAUUUUAUGAUUCUCGUCAAUGACUACAAGUCACUUGUCACCAACCCGUCCUUGUUCAGGCGAUCAGCCGUGGCUUGUUUGGUCAUGACCUUCCAGCAAUGGAACGGGAUUAACGCGAUCAACUACUACGCGCCGUUCAUUUUCCGCGGCAUCGGCUUGGGUGGAAGCACUCUGGAGCUGCUCGCCACUGGUGUGGUGGGUAUCAUGGAAUUUGUCUUUACUAUCCCUGCUGUUCUUUACGUCGACAAAUUCGGUCGAAAGAGCAUCCUUCUUGCUGGCGCCAUCGGUAUGGCUUCUUGCCACUUCAUUGUGGCUGGAAUCAUUGGAGGCUACGAAGGCCAUUUCGAGACCAAUAGAACCGCAGCUUGGGCGGGUGUUGCGUUCAUUUGGAUUUUCAUCAUCAACUUUGCCUACUCUUGGGGCCCCGUGGCUUGGAUUGUCGUGUCUGAAGUCUUCCCCUUGUCCAUGCGUGCCAAGGGUGUUGCACUGGGUGGUAGCAGUAACUGGCUCAACAACUUCGCAGUCGGAAUGGCCACUUCGCCGUUCAUCCAUGCCUCCCAACUUGGUACCUUCAUUUUCUUCGGAGUUAUCACCGUCAUUGGCGCCCUCUACGUCUUCUUCUUGGUGCCUGAAACCAAGGGCCGAACCCUGGAGGAGAUGGACGAGCUUUUCGGUGCCACCGGUAUGGCCACCGCCGAUGAGGAGCGUAAGAGCCGUAUUGAGCGCGAGAUUGGGUUGCUCUCUCUUCUUGGAGCUGAUGAGUCGCCGGAGCCCAUGAUGCACUCUCCGCUUGGAGAUGAUGCUAAGGUUUACCAGGAGCACGCCGAUCUUCCCCGUGAGAAAGCGUGA